ACGUCGGCCGCGCGGUGGAGAUCGGGAGUGAUGCGAUCAAAGCCUUCGUAUCGUGAUCGGUUGUUGAGGUAGAGCCAAAGCUGGAUUGAGGAUUAGGGUUAGGGUUAGAGUUUGGGAUGGGUGGAGAGAAGGGAGAGUGGAAGCGGGAGAAGAGACGGAGGAGGAGGUGGAUGGAGGCGGAGGCGGCGAUGACGAAGAUGAGGAUGGCGGCGAUGAUAAGGAGACUGGGGUUGUAGGAUCCGGCGGAAGCGCGAGGGUUUGAAUCUCGAAGACGGAAGCAUCUACCCAUAUCAAGGGUUUGACGAAGCUGUUGGCGGAAAGCAAUGAAGGAGCAGAAGUUCGAAAGUUAUUUCGGUCGCAAGAUCGCCAUUGAUGCCAGCAUGAGCAUCUACCAGUUUCUCAUUGUAGUGGGGAGAAUUGGCACUGAGACACUUACCAACGAGGCUGGCGAAGUCACAAGUCAUCUGCAGGGUAUGUUCAACAGGACAAUAAGAUUGUUAGAGGCUGGAAUCAAACCAGUGUAUGUUUUCGAUGGUCAGCCACCUGAUCUCAAGAAGCAAGAACUAGCAAAGAGGUACUCAAAGAGGGAAAAUGCUAGCAAGGAGUUGACAGCAGCUAUAGAGGAUGGAGAUAAGGAGGGUAUUGAGAAGUAUAGCAAAAGGACUGAAGGUCAUAAGGCAACAUAAUGAAGACUGCAAACGACUUCUAAGACUAAUGGGUGUGCCUGUAAUUGAGACUCCUUGCACUGAUAACCAAGAGGAUCAACCCUUUCCUCCAUGGCAUUUUAGAAGUUCAAGGUGGUGGACGCCUGCCUCAUCAAUCUUGAUUAUUGAAGUCACUAAAUGAUUGCAAUGUAGAGAUAAAAUUUCAUAUAUUAUGAUUGAAUAGGGAUAAGAAAAUUUUGCAGAGUAAAUCUUUGGGAUUAGCUUCAUCUUUGAAGAAGUAGUUGUCUUGUAGAGGAAGGCUGGAGAAGCUGCAAAAGUUGACAAGAAGAGAUGAAAUAAUUUCAACUAGCUCUGUGAUUGAAGUUGCUUUACUGAAUUCUCCUUGUCAUAUUGGUCUAGGCUUGUGAUCAUUUAGGUUAUUAAAUGCUUGCCAUGGAGAGGUUUUGUUUUAAGAUGU